AUGGAAGCAGUUCAGAAGGAGCAUGGCCGUCUCUUGAAGAGGCUUAAGGCCUCUCAGAGCAUCAAGCAUGUGCAAUCUACCAUCGAGAUCUUGCAGUCAGCACGAGACACCAUUCACUCAGACCCCAACCAGGCUGCGGUCACCCUUGCCAAAUUGCAAAACCCGGUUAAGGCAUCAUUCGAAUCAAUCAAUGAUACCCUGAAAGAAACUCACAGCGGGAUGAAUAAGUACACCAAGUCUCUCGACAAGCUAUUCAAAGAUCGGCCUCUCCCGAGUACUGAUCAUGAUGUUCUCUCCACCCAGGAACCUCUGAUCAACCGAGCCAUCGCCAUGCAUCUUCUCCGCGAAGGGCAGUUUUCGGUCGCAUCAACCUUCCUGGAGGAAAUCGCAAAACAAAAAUCCCUAGAAUUUGUCCAGUCAUCCUCCCAGUCUCCCGAAAAAGCAGCCACUUUGCUCGAAAUGGACGAGGAGCCCUCUGAGACAACUCGCCAGCAGUUCGCCUCGAUGUACUACAUCCUCCACGAGAUGAAAGAAAACCGGAAUCUGCAACCCGCAAUCGAAUGGUCCCGAGACCACCGUGCUGCGCUGGAAGCUCGCGGCAGCAACUUGGAGUUCGAACUGUGCCGGCUACACGCUGGAAUACGCUCGCCGCGAGUUUCAAGCCUUCGUCCCCGCUACCUCCGAGAGGUCCAACAGCUAGUUGGCGCGAUGGCCUUCUGCCCAAAUAUGAGAGGGUCGCCUUACGCGUCCAUCUUCAAUAACCCGUCUGCCUGGGACGAUGUGGCCCAGUUCUUCACGCGCGAGUUCUGCUCUCUGCUGGGUCUAUCGGCGGAUUCUCCUCUUUAUGUGGCCGCAACUGCUGGUGCGAUUGCUCUGCCUACACUGCUCAAGCUCCAGAGUAUCAUGAAAGCUAAACGUACGGAGUGGACAAGUGAGAAUGAGCUACCCGUCGAAAUCUCCCUCCCACCUUCGUACCUGUUUCAUUCAAUCUUUGUUUGCCCGGUCUCCAAAGAACAAGCCACAGAUGACAACCCGCCUAUGAUGAUUCCCUGUGGACAUGUCAUUGCCGAAGAAUCAUUACGCCGCCUCAGCAAAGGAAACCGCUUCAAGUGCCCCUACUGCCCUAGUGAAAGUCAUCCCCGAGAUGCGCGGAAGGUGUUCCUAUGA